AUGGCCGCGUCGAACUCUCUGUGAGUACGAAACCCUAACGCGCUCCGAUCUAUCGGUCCAAGUCAAGCAAGCUCUUUCACUCGUCGUCUUCUCCACCUACUCUUCAGCCAUGGACUUGCCCAAGGAGAAGAUGAAGACGACGACGACGACGACGGGGACGGCCUCGACCUCACCUGCCACCCCCACUACUUCCGCAGCUGUCAAGUCGCUCCAGGAACCACCGACACCAUUGCUGGCGUCCCCCGCUCCCUUCUCUCCCGAAUGGUCCGCCUCGCUUCAUGCCUUUUACGGCCGAGGAGCCGUGAUGCCCCAGGCCUUCUACCCGCCUCCUCCUGUUGCUGCAGGGCAGCCGAUCGUUUGGGGAGCCCAGCACGUGAUGCCGCCAUACAGUAGUCCGAUUCCUUAUACUUCCUUCUACCCUCCUGGAGGGUUCUAUGCUCAGCCCUUACUGAAUGCGGGAAUGUCUUAUCCAAUACCAGAAACGGAAGAGAGGUCUCCAGAGGCAAAGGAUAAACACUUAAUAAGCAAGGAGGCUCCAAAAACAGAAGGCUCGCCAGGGAAAUCACUGAACGCUACCAAAGGCUCCUUCAGCGAAAGGGAGGAUGUUUCACAGAGUGAUGAUAGUGCGACAGAGGGUACAUCAGAUACUGAAGACGAUGGUCCAAUUAAGGAGCACGGCACAGCUAGAAAGAGAAGUUAUGGCAAUUUGGUUUCAGAAGGUGAAUCUCACCCUUCCAACAGUAGUGAUGCUAAAGCUAAAUCUUCAUACAGUGGAAGGGUACGGACUGCCAAGAAGCUUCCAGUAUCUGCCCCAGGAAGAGCUGCAUUGCCUAGUCCUCAAUCUAAUUUGAAUAUUGGCAUGGAUUUUUGGAGCAACUCCCUUGCUGGAUCUUCUUUGAAGGAUGAACGUGAACUGAAGAGGGAGAGAAGAAAACAAUCUAACAGGGAAUCUGCUAGGAGAUCCAGGUUAAGGAGGCAGCAAGAAUGCGAGGAGUUGGCAAAGAAAGUUGUUGAUUUAAACAGUGAGAAUGAUGCACUCAGAGUGGAACUUGAACGUCUCAAGAAAACUUGCAGGGAACUGGAAGCUGAAAAUAAAGCAAUCACGGGAGAACUGAAACAACCAUACAGCUCGGAGUUGUUUUCUGGAGAUGUUGCAUCGAAACCGCAACCAGAUAGCGCCGCCGACGACUGACCUUUACAUGCCAGAUCCUAUUAAUUCUGAUUGUUACAAUAAGGCUUAGUUCCUGAUAAUUUUAACCUCACUGCAGCAUUGUUCCUAUGGAUCCUCCAUGUUUUUAAGUUCUCGUAGAGGGUCUCUACUGUAUAGUUAGUUUUAUCUGUACACCCACGAAAUAAGACUACGGUCGUCAUUUUUAUUUUUCCCAUGAUGAUGAUUCGGGAGAGCAAGAGCUAGUUGUUCAUGUAGCCAUGCUUAUCUAAUUCCUGAAUCGGCUGGUGUGUUUACUAACUUGUAAUUAAAGAGUGCAGAGAGAGCGAGAGAGAGAGAGAGAGCAGAGGCAGCGUUAUUUAGUUGCUGUCUUCUCUUGUUGCAAAAGGCGGGUCCCGCCGCCCAGCGGCCCCCUCACCCCUGCCCCACGAGUAUGAGAGGGAGUAAAUCACGGUGAAUACGGGCCCGGCGAUGACAUGGCGGUUGCUGUCUUCUCUUGUGUGUCUUCUCUUGUGUGUGUACUGGGAGUUGUUUUUUCUUCCUCAUGAGAAGUGUGUGAUGCCUGUUUCUAGUUCAUUGUAAAUCAGAUGAUGAUGUUUCAGGGAACGAGUUUUUAUUUUUAUUUCUA